AUGGAUGAUCCCCGACCGCCCAAACGAACGCGCCAAGCGUGUGAACAAUGCCGACGGAAAAAAUCGCGCUGUCCCGGCGAGCGCCCGGCAUGCUCCUAUUGCCAAAGGCUCGGGCAAGAGUGUGAGUAUGCCGGUGAUGAAGAGGCUGAUUAUGCCAGAAAAAUGGAACAACGCAUUGAGGGCAUCGAAGGCAAGAUUGACGCGUUGAUGGAAGCCUUCAGUGGCCAGAGUCAGCCGUUUCUCCCUUCUCCCACCACGAACUUUUCGGCCCGACCACCUCGCUCUGAGCCUGCUAUGGAAGCGUCCAUUGGCACAUCAAUCGGUUUGAAUGCACGAAACGCUACCCAUCUGUUUUGGAAGUACUGCAAUUUCCAACCUCUCACCCUGUUUCGGCACGCCACAUUCCCCGCAAGUGCUGACAGCCGUGAGCCUGAGCUUCUCCUGGCAAUGCAAGCCUUGGGCCUCCGGUUCAGUGGAGGCGGGAUUUCUGAGCCAGAGAUAAACCGCCAGAUUACAAAUUGGGCGGAAGAAGCAAGGCGUCUGGCGAUGGCUCGUAUCGCACAAGGCUCAGUAGAACUUUCCACUUUACAGACACUUUGCAUUCUCAUCUUCAUCGACCAUACUUCAGGAAGAUCCGUGAGGGCUGGCGCGACAAUCCGUCUUACUGCAUACCUUCUAUCGAAUUUGAAGUUUGGAGAUUUGGAACUGCCAAACCUGGACAACGAGAAGGACGAGCGCCUACUCUGCCGAUGGAGCCUUCACAUGCUGGGUAACUUGAUCGGACAGCCCAUCUCGGCUCCUAAGCUUGAUUACAACGUUCCGACGGCGUCUCCUAAUAAGAGAGAUCUUGGGUUGGCCGCAUGCGCUAUUCAACUCAGUGAAGUCUGGGAGUUGGCAUGGAGCUACGCACAAACCCCUGUCGCAGCAAACUCUCUCCCGCCGUGGGCUCCGCAGUCCGACUACUCGAGGAUUACCUUUCGACACACCGAAUUUGAAAGCGUUACUCCGUUGCGAUACCGUCUCCAUGAAACUCGAUUCGACGAGCUCACUGGCGACGAUCUUCAACGGCGACGAGACUUUUGGGGUCACUGGCUGUUCUUUCAGGUAGUCUUUCACACGAUUCCGUGCAUUCUGAACCAUCCCCUCCUUCUCUCCACGCGGCUGCGCCAUUUUCGUCACACUAUGCCACAGUCCUUUCUUCAGCAUUCGUACGAACAAAUCACUCUACAUGCCGGAUGGGUACUGCAUUUCAUCGACCAACUAGAGACCAAGAAUUACGAAGCCUCCGACCCGACCUUCGGGCAUUGUGUCGUGGUAAUUGCGACAAUCUAUCUCCAACACAGCUUUGUCGAGGAUGUGUUUUUUCGAGAAAAGGCUCAAUUUGGUUACGACAGGUGCCUUACCUUUCUCACGAGGAUGGCCCGUCGCUGGCCAAAUAUUGAUCGACAGGUGGACAAUCUUCGAAAGCUAAGGAGCAGUAUCUCCGCUGGGGACGUGCAAAACUCGCGGCAGACCUGGUCGGUCAACGUCCAACUGCUUUGGGACAUCCUGCGGGGUACCCCACCCAAGCAGAUAGCUGCGGAUAUUUUCGGCCCUCUCCUUGCAAGAGACAGCGCCCUCCAUCCGGACCUCUCCACACCCGAGACAGACUUUGAUCUUAUCGGAUCCGCAGGGAUCUCUGGUCACAAGACCGUUGCACGAAACCUGGUUACCUAUUACCCUCCUGAACAAGUCCUGCAACCGACGCCUCCAGAUCUUUCAGCUCUCCUUGGCGACCCCGGAAUUGGUCUGGCGGGGACUGCGAAUACCGCCUUUCUCCAGCCCCAGGACUAUGGACGCUUUAUCGACAACUGGCUAGAUCUCCCUACGUGA